AUGGCGGUCACAUUCUGCAAAAUCCGCCAUACCUCUCGCCCACAGCUUCUACAAAACGGUACCUUCACCUUUGUGGCAGCAUCAAUGUACUUCUCCCUCAACAUGCCCAUCCACACACAUAUCACUGUGGAAGCCCAGUUUCUCUACAGGAUUCUGCCAACAGAAUCUUUGGAUCAGUUCCAUCCUCCUCCUCCCAAAAAAGCCAGUGUUAAAGACUCCAACCUUAAACAUGAAGACACAGAAUUUGUAGACCUUCUUAAACUGAUAGACUGGCCUUCACCUCCAUCUUCCAUCACCAACUUCAGUCUUUCCACCAACCCCAAGGAGUGUCGGUACGAGCUGCUCAGUCCACGUUCCAUAUACCGCGUGGGGGAAACAUUAGAGGUUCUUAUAACGGCCGAAGAUCACUAUGGAAAUGUCAAGUCCUAUGGUGGGGACUUCUUCCAAGCCAAGCUGCAUUCCCGAAAGAUUAAAGCUGGGGUCACAGGACGUGUAACGGAUCUUAACAAUGGCACCUAUUUGGCAACGUUUCUUCUUCCAUGGGAAGGGGAGGCCCAGGUGAACAUCAGGCUCAUUCACUCAAGUGAGGCUGUGUCUGUCCUUAAGGACAAAAGAGAGAGUCGCCCAGAUAAGGUGUAUUUUAAUGGGUAUUUCCAUUUAAAUGGGAGCAGUGAGGUAACAGAAUGUAACAUUGUAGUCCAAGGAGGAGACGUGUGUAACUACAGUGAUCCUGUGACUGGGGACACCUGGCAGUGCUUGACACCCCCAAAGAUGCCUUGCCACUCAUUGGUCUAUCACUCCAUGGGCAGGUACCGCAGAGUGACCAACUCAUUGGAGGAUGCUUUACUCAGAAGUUGGUAUAAGCAGCAGAGCCUCUUGUAUGUUCUUUUGUCUUGUCAUUGGGUUUCCUUCUCCUCUUCCACCCACCUCCCUUACACUAACAGCACUUCCUGGCAUUCUCUGUCUCUCUCUCCUCCCCUACUUAUAUUAUCCUCCCCCCAGUACCACCUAUCUUUUCUAGGCCUCACAUCCAGGCUUCAGGUCUGUUCUCCUGGUCAGGAACCCAGCCAGCCAUCUGGCUUUUAUUACAAUGACACUUGGACAUCGUUGGUCUGUCUGGGAAGACAUUUUCCCAGCCCACCGGAUGUUCGUGCCUGCCUUAAUGGGAAGGACAUACACAUGUUUGGGGAUUCUACUCUACGCCAGUGGUUUGAGUAUCUGGAGAGAUUCAUACCAACCCUGAAAAGAAUUGAUCUGCAUGUAAAUUACCAGUCUGGCCCGUUGCUGGCGGUGGAUCCAGAUGCCGGUCUGGUAAUGAGAUGGCGGGCCCAUGGACUCCCUUUGCGCACCACCAAGACUAUGCUCUCUAACCUGCACUAUGAGGCAGCCCACCUGUAUGGGAUUGGUGGGGGGCCACAAACCGUAGUGGUCUUUACCCUCUGGGCCCACUUCACCACCUUCCCAAUUAGCGUCUACAUACAGAGGGUGUCAAGGUUACGGAGGGCGAUUUCCUCUCUGCUCUUCCGGAGCCCUGAGACCACUGUGCUGAUUAAGUCGGCUAACACCGGCUACAAAUCCAUUUAUGGCAGUGACUGGCUCUCCCUUCAGCUGGACUUGUUACUCAGAGCUAUGUUCAAGGGGAUGGCAGUCACUAUCCUGGAUGUUUGGGACAUGACCUCCUGCCAUUACCUGCCUGAUAAUAUCCACCCAGGAGCUCCAGUUAUCAGGAAUGAAGUGGACCUCAUGUUGUCCUAUAUCUGCCCCAGAUGA